AUCCACUUCGGGUUCGAAGUUUAUUUAAAGCGAGGAAAGUUUGCGUACUGCUGGGGACGAUUUUCCCCUCCGAUGCACAAUAAAAAUGAAGCAAAAUGGGAAAAUGACAGAACACCCAGGAUCAAAUCAGUGUUUGAGAAUAAUGUGGAGAUCUUGCAACCUAUGCAUGUGUCUCUUUUUUUCUCUAGCGAGCUAUGUACAGAUAAAUGAUCCCGACGCUGGCCUGUGGAUGGCUGCCUAUACGAUUCCCGCAGGUUUAUGCUUAUCGAUAAGCCUCAAUCCACACAUAACAGAGGCAUCGCUAUGGAGGAGGCUUGCAGAUCUUCACACGCUGAUUUCCGCAGCUGUGGCCUCCAUGUUGGGCUGGGUCCUUUACCAAAAACGCAUUAAGGAUGUCUUCCAGCAAGAGGAGGGAAGAGAAUUCUCUGGGCUGGUUUUGACGAUGGUCUGGCUCCUCCUGUGUAGGCACUCUGGGAGAAAUCCGAUUGGUGCUCUCAGAGUAUGCACUGCAACUGCCAUCACCGUCUUCCCCUUUGUGGCAUGGCUGUACUACUACAUCAACAAAGACCUGAGGUCUGCUUGGCCUGAACACUGCAAAACAGCUCUUUAGGCCAGCGGGACAAAAAUUAAAUACAUAAACUCUGAAACAGGCAAGGAAGAAAGAUUGUGACUGCCAUUAUCAACAAGGAUUAUUAUCUUUCCUAAUCACUUGUCAAUAAACCAAGUCACAGGAAGUACCAAAGAGCAACUGCCUGCUAAUUAAAAUGCACAGUGCCUGAUUUUUUUUGCAUUGGUCAGCAUUUUAGUAUACAAGUUGACCAGUAAAAUGAUCAACUGCCAGAAACUUCAAAUCAGUGGUUCCCACAUAAAGAGAGUCGGUUAAAGAGUGUAGUUCUUGUUCUGUGUAAUGAAUACCUGUAAUAUUGCCUACUCUCAAGUAAUUGCAAACAUUGUUUACAUGGCAGAUGUCUGUAUUCUGAAGUUCACAUAUUUUCUACUGUAAACUUUGCACAAUCUCUUCAGGUGGCUAGAGGCAUAUUUACUCAAUUAUGUGCUUAAAAGCACAAUAGCAGAUCUCUAGUCAGUGUUAAGAACCCGAAACAACCUGGAGCAGAUUCUUUAUUCAAUUAUUUUUUUCUUGAGGUUUUGAGAAAUGUUCAAAACAAGUUAAAAUAAAGGACACCUUGCAAUAA